UUCGAAGGGGAGAACUUCUUCCUGGAAUUUCUAUUUCGGACAAGGUUUGCUUAAAAUUAGAUUUAUUUCUAUAAUACUUAAGAUGCGACGUAUUCUUGAUCUUGUAAAAAUAACUGAGGAUGGAGCUAUGGAUAUGGAGAAUUUAUUUCAUCAUGCAAGGGCUAUUCCAUUGGAGCAAUAUGACUGUCCGGUUUGUAAGACAACGUUCUUUUCGAGAAUUGAGUGUCAUGAACAUAUUGAAAGUGAACAUUCUAACGUUAGGAAACAACGCCCUCAUUUUUGUGACAUUUGUCUUCGCAGCUUCAAUGAACGACAUGCUCUUUCUGCUCAUCAAGAACAUCAUAAACGAGUACAGGCAAUUUUGGACAAUGACGGAUUAAAGGUUGCUGAACCAAUGAUAAUGAUGCCAGUAAUAAAUGAAGUUGAUGAAAAGGUGAUUUCUGAAAAUUUUGCUGCUGGAGGUGAAGGAGAUGAAGCCAUUUCUAUAAUUGAAAAUACGACAUUAACUAAUAAUUGGGAUGAACAUCAUUAAAAUAUGUACGUACAAAUGACUUCCGUCCACUUAUUUUUAAAAAAAAACAUUUUCAUUACAAACAAAACCGUUCCAUUUUUUAUUCCUUUUUUAUCCGUUUGUUAUUUUUUAAUUUAUUGUU